AGGGACAACUCGAAUUCCGUUUGGAGGCAUCUUUGAGCUCGUGGAGUAGACAUCAUGAGCAAAGCUCACCCUCCCGAGUUGAAGAAAUUUAUGGACAAGAAGUUAUCAUUGAAAUUAAAUGGUGGCAGACAUGUCCAAGGAAUAUUAAGGGGAUUUGAUCUCUUUAUGAAUCUUGUGAUAGAUGAAUAUGUGGAGAUAGCAACUAGUGGGCAACAGAAGAAUACUGGAAUGGUGGUAAUACGAGGAAAUAGUACCAUCAUGUUAGAAGCCUUGGAACGAGUAUGA